CUUUGAAUUAUCAAAAAAAAUUCAGAUGACUUUGAAUUACCCUUGCAUUCUGUUUUCUUUAUUAUCACGAAGCCGCACUUCUCGCAAGAGUGGGGAAGAACAGAAUGGAAUAGAAAUAUAAUCGUUGAGGGAGAGAGAUCAUAUAAUUCUUUGUUAACGUUUAUUUCUUCAUUUGUCGUUUAACUCUAAACGGAAGACAUUUUAAAUUGAACAAGUGUGCAACAAAUUUGGAAGAAUAAUGUCGGACACGGUUGGAAAGGUUAUCAAGUGUAAGGCUGCAGUAGCAUGGAAAGCAAAAGAGCCAUUAUCUCUAGAAGAAGUUGAGGUAGCACAACCCAAGGCACACGAAGUUCGAAUUAAAAUAGUAGCUGUGGCACUUUGUCAUACAGAUGCUUAUACUCUUGACGGAUUGGAUCCAGAAGGAAUAUUUCCCUGUAUACUUGGUCAUGAAGGGAGUGGCAUUGUAGAAAGCGUUGGAGAGGGUGUUACUGAAUUUCAACCUGGUGACCAUGUUGUGCCGCUUUAUAUUCCACAAUGUGGGGAUUGUAAAUUCUGCAAAUCAUCGAAAACAAAUUUAUGUAGCAAAAUUCGCGAAACCCAAGGUAAAGGUUUAAUGCCUGAUGGUACAUCUCGUUUCUCAUGUAAGGGACAAACAAUCGCACACUUUAUGGGAUGCUCCACUUUCUCUGAAUAUACAGUGGUAGCUGAUAUUUCUCUCGCAAAGAUUAAUCCUAAAGCGCCAUUGGACAAAGUAUGCCUGCUGGGUUGUGGAAUAUCCACAGGUUACGGUGCAGCUUUAAAUACAGCAAAAGUAGAGUCUGGAAGCACUUGUGCUAUAUGGGGUUUAGGAGCUGUCGGUCUCGCUGUAGCAUUUGGUUGUAAGAAAUCUGGCGCAUCCCGUAUUAUCGGAGUAGAUGUUAAUCCGGCUAAAUUUGAGCAAGCGAAAGCUUUUGGAUGCACAGAAUUUGUCAAUCCCAAAGAUCAUGAUAAACCUAUUCAGCAAGUGUUGGUUGAAAUGACUGACGGUGGAUUAGAUUACACUUUCGAAUGUGUUGGAAAUGUAAACACUAUGAGGGCUGCAUUGGAAUCCUGCCACAAAGGAUGGGGAACGUCCGUAAUAAUAGGAGUAGCUGCGGCUGGGCAGGAGAUUAGCACUAGGCCAUUUCAAUUGGUCACAGGGCGAGUGUGGAAAGGUACUGCAUUUGGUGGAUGGAAAUCAAAAGAGAGCGUACCGAAAUUGGUGGAGGAGUAUCUGUCGAAAGAAUUGAUUCUCGAUGAAUUUAUCACGCAUACUUUUCCAUUUGAAAAAAUCAACGAAGGCUUUGAUUUACUGCAUUCGGGGAAUUGCUUGAGAGCCAUUCUUAAAUACUGAUAACGUGGCUUUCUAUACUACCAAAAUACGACGCGGCCUAUUGAAGUACAUUUUUAUCAUUUUUAUGAUUUAUAUAAGGAAAGAAUGUAGGAUUUCCUAACAUUGAUGUAUUCAUUCUUUUGCAUGUUACAUAUCUGUAUCGAAUGUCUUUUCAGAGUCUAGAAGCAAUAAAUAAAUUCACUGUA